GGGUUUCAAUCAAGUGAGGUUUAAAGGCUUGAACUCUUGAUUACUCGAACUCGUUUCUUCCAACUCAUCCACGGACUUGUUAUCACUUGCUACGUUGCGUCGAAAGUUGAAUCGGGGAAAUAAAGAAGGUAUCCUGAUACGAUUUGCUAAGGAAUCUCCAACCAACCCGGAGCCCAAGAUGUCACCACCUUCAGCAGUCGAAGUCUCCGCGGUUUCGGACACAUCUGGAGUCACUAUCCCAAACCCGUUGAGCGCGCCGGUUCUAAGCAAUGAGAUUCUUGGAAGAAGGAAGAAGACUACUGCGGCUCAAUGGGGUGUGGCAGCGCCAUCGGACACGGCAAACUUCAGACUCAAGUCUCAUGAUCACAAGCCCAAAGCCAAGCGAUGGAGUCAUAUAAUGACCAAUGAAGCAACGAUCCGGAAAGGCAACUCUCUCAAAGAAGCAGCAAAAUAUCUUGGUACACCCGGCAUCAUAUCCCUCGGCGGAGGUUUACCAUCUAGCGAGUACUUUCCAUUUGAAGAGCUAUCAAUCAAGGUCCCCAAGAUCGGGCACUUCUCAGAAGCCGAGACUAGGGAGUCUGGUGUGACUAUUACGGCAGGCAAACAUGACCUCGCGGAGAACAAAUCCAACUUCGACAUUGCUACUGCGUUCAACUACGGCCAGGGAUCUGGCUCAGCACAGCUCCUCCGCUUCAUGACUGAGCACACUGAACUGAUACAUGACCCGCCCUACCAAGACUGGAAGUGCACCAUGACCGUCGGAAGCACAUCUGCAACUGACAUGUGUCUGAGGAUGUUCACCCGACCAGGCGAUAUGAUCCUCUCCGAGGAAUACACCUUCUCGGCUUUUGUGGAAACUGCGCGACCCAUGGGCGUCCGCGUGUGCGGCGUCCCCAUCGAUAACGAAGGUCUCCUACCCGACGAGAUGGACUCCCUUCUCACAAACUGGGACCAAGCAGCUCGCGGCGCACGAAAACCCCAUCUCCUCUACACCGUCCCCACAGGUCAGAACCCGACGGGAGCAACGCAAAGCGCAGAGCGUCGGCACGCACUCUACAAAGUCUGCCAAAAGCACGACAUCCACAUCCUAGAAGACGAGCCCUACUACUUCCUCCAAAUGCAACCCUACACCGGCGCCAACGCGCCCUCCGUCCCAGCUCCAGGCACGCACGCCGACUUCAUCAAAUCUCUCGUGCCCAGCUACCUCUCCAUCGACACAGACGGACGGGUAAUCCGGAUGGACUCCUUCUCCAAAGUAAUCGCGCCCGGAUCGCGAAUCGGCUGGAUCACCGCGCCCGCCGAAGUCGUAGAACGGUAUUCCAAACACGCCGAUGUAUCGACCCAGAACCCGGCUGGUAUGUCGCAACUCAUCUUAUUCAAACUACUAGAUGAACACUGGGGCCAUGCGGGCUAUCUCGACUGGCUCAUCCACAUGCGCAUGCAAUAUACACACCGCCGCGACAUCAUCCUUUCUGCAUGCUCAAAGUACCUCCCUACUGAAGUCAUGAGUUGGAAACCUCCUAUGGCGGGCAUGUUCCAUUGGAUGCAGGUCGACUUUAGGAAACAUCCUAGUUAUCCCGAGAAGAGCAUUGAGAGUAUCGAGGAGGGCAUUUUUAUGCGUGUCAUUGAACAUGGAGCACUGGUUAUGAGGGGUAGUUGGUUCUAUGCGGAUGCGGAGGAGGAGCAUGAUACCUUGUUCUUUAGGGCGACGUAUGCGGCGGCGCCUGGGGAGAAGAUUGAGGAGGGGAUUAGGAGGUUGGGGGAGGCGGUUAGGGAGGAGUUUGGGUUGGGGGUUUAUGCUACGGGAGUUUGAAUGGUGAGUUGUCGGCGAGACGGGGUGGGGUUUGGAAUAGGCCCAUGUGAUCUUGCAUUGGUGGAGCUGCUGCUUUGUGAUAUAGCGGGACAUUUACUUCUGCACAAAUGCCACUGUCAAAACCAAGGCCAUCCAUGCCUCAUUCGUAUCUCUGGUAUUCUUACACAUGUUCAAUCCCGAGACCUCUCUUCUGUGAUGUCCUCAGCCUGUGACACAAUUGCUACUCUACCUUGUACCUUUUCUCUUGUA